UUCUGGGUUGAAUUAAACAAGUCAGCACGAGAAAUUAUAUCAUCCGAAGCAUUUUGAUAUAAUGGAGUUUUUUUUUCUGUGCGCCAGUGUAAUCUGAACCAAAUUUGUUACAUAUACUUACCGUGACAAACCUAUAAAAUGUGAAUGAUGCUGAUGUAAUGUUUGGAAAUUAAUGGCAAAUAAUUAUUGAGAGACGACCACAAACUAUGAAAAUCAGUUUUCAAAACUGCAAGAAUGAGUGUUUUUUUUUUUAUAAUCUUACAAGCUGGAUAGACUUAAACGAAAAUGAUUAAAAUCCAAAUAUGUGCGUACUGUUUGAGUGCAGCUUUUAUUUUGAAGGAAAAGAAGUUGACAGUACUGUAAGACUUUUUUUUAAAAAGGCAAAAAUUUUCUUAGCCAGAGAUAUUAUGCCCGUUGCUACAUUUUGAUGUGAUCAUUUUUCUCAUUGCCAAUGCUCAAAUCUGAUCCAACUGAGCAGACCCUAAAUAUGCCAAAUCUGGUCCUUUUGUUCAUUGCAACUAUAGUCACAUUUGAAUUACACUGAUGUAACGUUUGCCAAAAAAUAAGUAUUUAAUGCAAGGCAAAAAAUAAAUACAAUAGUAAACUCAAAUUAUUUUUGUACUGAUUUACUUUGUUUAAUCGACUGGCUUUUAUUUUGAAUGAAGGAGAAGUUGGCAGAGUCUCUGCACUCUAAGACGCAUGCGCAGUGAGGAAGGCGGCACAUACAGUGUGUGAAGCAAUGAAACAAACAGAGCUACAGAAAACAACAAAACAAUGGUUGUCCAGCACUAAACUGUGAAAGCAGAGAGCGCCACAUGGAGGCGGUGCUGAAAAACCUGUCGAGCACGGUGGAGCUGCUGGCCGUGGCGGCAUACAGCGGUACGGUGGAGCAGUGGGAGAAAUACAACGUGUCCAGGGCGUUUGACUGGGCCCGGUACUGUGAACACAUCUACUCAAGGUACCACAGCAACCCCGCAAUAAGGAGGGUCAUGGAGCAGCAGCUGGAGCUCACAAAUCAGAGUUUACAAGACGUCAUCCCUGGAUAUACUGAGGUCUCCUUCUCUGAUCUGCCCCGACUCCAGCACCUGUUGCUCGUCGGACUGUUAAACAAUCCUGAAGUGCCUAUCUCACUCUUAAAGAUGCUCUUUGACACAAGGGGUCCCGUAGACAACAUGAAGAGUGAGUAUCAGGAUGUCACCGGGCUCUGCAGCCACAUUAUUCAAUGCAAAGCUGCUUGUAAGGUCCUGAGUCCCCUCACUGAGCUGUCAGCUGCUGGUGCUGAGGUGCAGGGACGGAUGCUGAUGGAGAGACUCGGUGCUCUGCUGAGCCGAGGCAGUGACACCCGACCAGCAGAGCACUUUUUAGGCUGUGUCCUCCAGGAAUGUGAAGGAGCAGGGCGACAAUUCUGUCUAGUCAUCACUGCGGCUCUGCUGACAACAAAAAACUCAGCUGCACAAACUGCUCCACGAGAAUUCCUCUUGGACUGGCUGCAGAAUAAACACAGUGUGCUGCAGAGUUUGCCAGCCACACUCCUUAUAGACUUGGCAAAAGAGCACAAGAAAUUUAGAGACGCAUACUGUGACGUACUGAAAAAGUGGGCCUCGGAUAUGGAGUACAUUAUAAGUGAGGGUGAGUGGGUUCAAACCAGCACAAACCCCACAGUGUCCUUCCAGAAACUGACAGAGCGGUUUAUGGCCUUGUUCGAGGCCUGUCCUUCUCUGAGGGCGAAGACAGAAAAAGAGCUCAAAGCUUUGAAGAUUUCUGAUGGAGACUUUGAUGUCAAGGGUCUGAGUGUAUGGGGCGACCUUCUGUCUGCAUUAAAUAUGUGACUGUCAGACGUAGGAUUUUUUUUUUUUUACAGCUGGGAAAAAUGGUCAAAAAUACAGCCACAUGAUGGUUCAGAUGUUAAUGCAAUGUUUGACAUGUUCUGUGCAUUUUUGUCUGUGGCAGAGAGUACUAUAAAUGCCUGAAAACAGAAUUACCUGCUCAUGUUCUUCAAUAUUUCUAAUCAGACGGUUAAAAUCAUCAUCUGGCCAGUUUUAUCCACAUUUUGUUUAGGUGAAGUUUCUGCAUUGCCUCGGGUUUGGUAGCUUUUUGCCUUUCAAAUAUCACCAAUUUUCUUUUAUUAAAUGAAAAAGGCAUGUUACUCUAUAAAACCAGUGAAAGUUUUGCUAUCAGAAUAGUGGAAAUGGUGUACAUCUGUGUUUAGCUGCUUUUUGUUUUUCAAAAUGCACAUGAAUAGGCAGCUGACACUUGACUGUUGUCCACACCAGGUUUACAGGCAAAUUACAUUUUUAAUUAAUCAAAAUUCACAUGUCUUCAGGUAAUGCAGAUAAACAGAAACCCAACAUAUUGAUUGCAUUUGUGAUAAGAAGACAAAAUAAUUAAGAUUUUUACUUUAGUAGACAUUUAUUUCACGUUAUCAAUACUGGAGAUGAGUAUUUGCCUUGUGGUAGUGGAAGUUAUUCAUUAUUUUCUUUGUUUUAUUCAUUCCAGUUGGAUAUUUGUUAAACUGCAGAACUUACUGGGUUUGGACAGAUGGUAGCGUCACAUGCUGCCUGGUGAGAGGUGGCAGCACGUGAUGUGACUGAAUUAAACUGAAGAUAAUUGUCA